UAAAUGAGAUCAACGCUUGCUCAUAAAGAUUCCACUUACUGCCGAUUGCGACGUGACAGCCAGUGGAUUUCCUAAAUAGUCGUCCAGAGACAGCAAGCAAAUAAAAUGUGAGGUUCCUGGGAGCUGUGACAGCAUCUAGAGAGGAAUAAACUCCGGAAGUACUCACUGAGCAGUUUGGAAUUCCAUCUAACGCCGGGGUGGAAAUAAGCCUGGAUUUGAUAUGUCCCCGAGAUGAAAAACAAAGGGAGAAAUUUGCAUUCACUCCAGCUUGUAUCAUUUAACCACUGAGUGCCCUGGAUAUGUUUAACCAAAAUCACAGGAGCAGCAACGUUACAAUGACUCUUCCUGGACGAGGCAAACGGAAACAUCUUAAUCCAUCUGACUGUUGGUUCCUGAGCAAUAGUCGUGAGGGUGCUUUCUCUUUGACCCGACUGUUCAUCUACGCAGGUACCAGCAGAGAUUUGAACAGGGGCCUCCAUCCCACGGACAGAAAAAGGAGGAGAUCUGCAACACGGCUGUGUCCUCACCAAAGAUGGUGGAUACAUGAUGCUGACAGUCUGUCAGAAGAUGCAGCCAGUGGUGAAGCCAUCAUUGGCCCAUCCUCCUCCAAGAUUGAUUCUGUUUUUGAUCCUGAAGAUUUUAACUUGCCUGUUGAAAGAAACAUGCUGAUACUGGAUUCCAAGGACAAUGGGGAGGGCUGUGUCCUGUUGUCUGGAAGCCCAAGUGAGACCAGUGAUGUGGUUUGUGCGAAGAGACCCAGCUUAGAGGAUGCACCCGUGUCCCAGGAAUGGAAUUGGGCAGAAGGUGAUGAACUGGAGGUGGAUCCUCUCCCUGACUCAUACUUUGGGUUACUGGGAUGCACCUGCUCCCAUGCUCUCCCCGCUGGCCAUAUCAGCCAGCUGCCAGAUGAAAUCCUCAGGAUUGUGUUCUUUUAUCUGCCAGCUGUGGACCUGUAUCGCCUCCGCUCAGUCAGUCAGCAAUGGCACCAUGUUAUCAGUGAUCCAGUGUUUGUGCCAUACAGGAAGUUGUACUAUCGAUACAGGAAGGGAGAAGCAAGUGCUGUGAAAGAGAUUGACUGGAUCCUGAAGGAAAAUCAUAUUAAAAAGGAAGAUGAACUCUGCAUGUUGAAUCUCAUAAAACACGUGGUGAUGUUCCACCUUGGUAUGUUUGUGAACGCUGAAGCUGUCUUGACUUGCCUCACAGACCAUCCUCUGUUUAAACAAUCUGAAGCAUGUGUGGCCCAGACACUACCUCAUUUGGUCACUGGAGCAAAGACUGGAUAUGUGCAGGCGUUGCUGGCUGUGAUCAUUCUCCUGUCCAAUAGUGUGAAUGACAUCCAAGAGCUGAUAUCCCGUCUCCAACAACCCUGUUCGACACUGCCUGUAAUGGAGGUGACAGAGAUCCUGUACUACAUGGCGACCUUGCUGUUUGCCUUGAGAGAGAAGGACAUUAAUAUCAGCAACAGGAUUCAUUACAAUCUGUUCUACGCACUGUAUUUAAUGGAGAAUCCAGCCAACAUCAGUAGAAAAUCUGUGAAGCGUCUUCUUUCAACUCAGGACUCUGGCAGGGCCUCUGUGCUUGACUUUUCCACUAGGUACCAGAAUAAGAGGAAGCUAAUAGUUUAUGAUCUGAAGCCGUUUUCCAUUUUUAAAUUUCCUGAAGCCCGCGGCAGCUUUUUUAGAGCAAAAUUAAUCUGUCAGAGCCUCUGCAUAUUCUUCUCCUCUUCGGAUGAGACUCUCACCGUGUCACAUUUACCAGGACACUAUAAGAGCAUGCGUGGAGGUAUCAGGCCAAUGGAACAUCAAGAGAAUCAACAACUAAUUGAAGACACCAAGCAGAUUUGGGAAAAGAUGGUGAAUCUGGGUGAAACUAAGGAGAAUGGUUACUUCAUGACUCGUGAUGGAUAUCUGAAGCUUUGGCAGCUCAGCAAGCCACGGCUGUUACAGUUUGAUGUCAUCCUUUUAGAUGAAGCUGAAGAUUGUAGCCCAGUAAUCAUGGACAUUGUGCUGUCUCAGAAAUGUGGCAAGAUUCUUGUGGGUGAUCCACACCAGCAGACCAGUGAAUUCGGGGGUUCUGUGAAUGAUCUACUUAAAGCCCACCGAUCACAUCAGUUUCAACUGACACAGAGUUUCAGAUUUGGACCCAAAAUUGCUUAUGUUGCAGCCACAAUAUUGGACGUGUACAAACAUGUCAAAGACAAGACCUUGGUUGGUGGAAAACAAGAUGGCAAUAUUGACAAUGACACUGGGCAGAUGGCUGUUCUGUGCAGAACCAGUGCUGCAGUCUUUGAUGAAGCUGUGUGCAUUACUACGAGUGAAAAGCCAAGCAAGAUGUACAUCAUCGGAGGACUUGAUAAAUUUGGAAUGAACAUAAUUCUGGACAUUUGGAUGCUUAUGAUUCGGGAAAAGGAACAAGCAACCAAGGAUCUGGUAAUCUGUGAUCCAUUCAUCAGAAUAUUUGAACGUAAAGGUGGUUUGCGUGGAUUGAAAGAUUAUGCAAUUGAAGCUGAAGAUAAGGAGUUGGGAGAGAGGAUUGCACUGGUGGAGAAGUACAGUCUGAGGCUCCCCGCACUGAUUGAGAAAAUCACCAGCUACUCUGUUGAUGACCUGAAAUUUGCAGAUGUUGUUUUGGGAACUGCAUGCAAAGCAAAGGGUUAUGAGUUUCACACCGUACAGAUAACCAAUGACCUUGUGAAAGUUCCAGGCUAUCGACAUGAUCAUCGUAUGCUUUCGGAGUUCAGAAUGGAUGUGGUGCCAGAUAUCGAUUGGAACUUGCUUUACAUUGCUGUGACACGGGCAAAAAGGCACCUAGUGAUGAACAAAUCUUUAGAAUGUCUGCUUUCCUUCGCUGGUGAGUAUUUUCUGAAGCCAGAGCUGACUUCUAGUUUGCUCCGAGAAGGGAUGCUCCUUCGUUGCCAUGCAAAAGGGUGUUCAAAUUUCAUCGAGAGUGAAACUGCAUUAACUCUGAGAAAAAUAUUGAAUAGACAGUCAGACCACAGCUGGAAUACUGUGAACACCUUUGAGCCCCUUGGGGAAACAUAUACUGGCAUUGGAGGCAUUCCCGAGAAGGCUCGCUCAGUUGCCCUUGCUUAUGGAGGAUCCGUCAAAAGGGAGAAACUGAGUACUUUGGGCAUGUACUUGGUGGAAGAAGAAUGA